UAUAUGUUAAAAUUGUGCAUUUUAUUAUGCUUGUAGUGAUGCGUUCAAAGCAGUUCCACAUUUUCUUUUGUUAAACCUAAUAACCAAGGGUGGUUGGGGGAGGGUAAACAGGUUUUGAGUUUGUGCACUUUGGAGGUGGACCUGAAAAACAGAGUAUGGUUGUGAGCUGUUUGACUCACUGGCCCCUCCUCCUCCUCAGUGAGCUGAUCAUAUGUACCUGCUCUCAUCUAAAUCAUCUCCCAUUCAGCAGACUCGCCUAACAGAAGCCUUGCCUGCAUUGCCAUCAGAACGAAACAACCCACAGGCUUGCGUCACUUACAAGAACUGCAGCAUACAGGGAAAAUUGUACGGACUGAAGUGUGGACUGAAAAGAAGUUUCACUUGAAGGGACUCGAAGAACAAACCUACUAUUCACAAUGGUGUCUGCUGGGUUACAAAUGCUGGGCAGUGCUCUGGGAAUCCUGGGCUGGAUUGGUGCCAUCAUUGCCUGUGCCCUUCCUAUGUGGAGGGUCACUGCUUUCAUUGGCAGCAACAUCAUCACCUCGCAGACCACCUGGGAAGGCAUUUGGAUGAGCUGUGUGGUCCAGAGCACAGGCCAGAUGCAGUGUAAGGUCUAUGACUCCAUGCUGGCCCUCAGCCAGGACCUUCAGGCUGCCAGGGCCCUGAUGGUUGUAUCCAUCGUGGCGGGAAUCCUGGCUAUCUUGCUUUCUGUAGCCGGGGGGCAGUGCACCAACUGUGUGGAGAAUGAGACAUCCAAGGCAAAGAUGUACAUUACAGCUGGGAUUUUUUUCAUCAUAGCUGGGGUCCUCUGCCUCGUCCCUAUUUGCUGGACGGCCAACACCAUCAUCCAAGAUUUCUACAACCCACUGGUGUUAAAUGCCCAGAAAAGAGAAUUGGGUUCUGCACUCUUUGUUGGCUGGGCGGCAGCUGCUUUGUUGAUAAUCGGAGGAGGGAUGCUCUGUGCCCACUGCCCAUCUAAGGAUGACAACUACACUGCCAAGUACUCAGCUGCCAGAUCUAACGCCUCAGUACCAGCAUCUGGAAAAAGUGUUGUCUGAAACAGAAAUCAUGGAAUAGCUUCUACAAAGCACUGUUUACUGGGACAGAUGCCCUGGUGCUGCUUGGUUGUGAGUGAUUCAAGAUGUUACCUGAGCAAAACGUGCACCUGUGUGUUACUCCUCAUGGGAGUUUAAAUGAGAAAGUGACCACACCCAAAAAGGAAAUUCAACAGAUCUGUUCAAAUACCUUCCAUAUUUGUAUUUUUGUUGAUGAAUGAGUGAUAGGUAUUUUUCUUAAUGAUAUAAACACUCUAGUCUCAAACUUAUUUCAACAAUGCUCAUUUUUCUGUGUGUAAAUGGGGUAUGUAUCCUGUGUAUGACUUUCAUGAUGC